UUUAAGGUCCGAUCUAAAUGUUGCAUUAAGGGUUUUGUGCAGAGCUUCCUGAGAAGCAGCUGAUGUUUGUUUUUUUUCUUCCUCCUAUAAAGUCUGUGUUGUGUCCAUGGACCUACACACACACACACACACACACACACACACACACACACACACACACACACACACACACACACACACACGAGCUGGCCUCUGGAAACACCCAGCAUCCGCGGCCCUGGUGUCUCUGCGCGCCGUGUGUGAUUCAGGUUGUGCUCGGAGGCUACAGCUAUGAACGUGUAACCAUAACAACUGCCUUCUGAUUGGCUCUCCGCGCACGGGAAUUAACAGGGGCGUCAUCCAAUGUGAGCGCAGGACGCGCGCCGCGCUGGCGAGAACCUCGUGAUAACCCAGGCACAGUGAUGCUGGAAGUGGCGACGUGAGGUGAGCCCGGAGGAAAUGACUGGAGCCAAAACAAAAGCAGGAGCGAAGGGAUGAAAUAUCAGAAAUAAAACACGUUUUGAAUGAUGAGGUUUUAACUGUGUGCGCGUGAGAAAACAUGUCCGGUUCGCCCAUUACGCAGUCCAUCAGCUGGCGCGGCUGAGAUCUCCACCUCCUCUGCUCUGGAUUGUGGAUUGUGACAAGUGCCAGGACGGAUAGCGAGCCGGAGCAGGACUACCACAGCUCGGGCGGAUUGUCACUCGGGAGCGUCCUCCAGUUUUCGCCUGACAGCACACCUCCCGGAGCCAAGACGUUGUUCCGCGUAGACCCGGGGUGCCCCAGUCCGAGCAGCGCAGUCCGUGUGGGAAGGUCGGCACUCGGCGUCCUGCAGGCCGGAGACAUGAUGGUCCACUGUGCCGGGUGCGAACGGCCCAUCCUGGACCGGUUCCUCCUCAACGUGCUGGACCGAGCCUGGCACGCCAAGUGCGUCCAGUGCUGCGAGUGCAACUGCAACCUCACCGAGAAGUGCUUCUCCAGGGACGGGAAGCUCUAUUGCAAAAUGGACUUUUUCAGGAGGUUUGGCACGAAAUGCGCCGGCUGCCUGCAGGGAAUCUCGCCGAACGACUUGGUGCGGAAAGCCCGCAGCAAGGUGUUCCACCUGAACUGCUUCACCUGCAUGGUGUGUAACAAGCAGCUGUCCACGGGAGAGGAGCUCUACGUGAUAGACGAGAACAAGUUCGUGUGCAAAGAAGAUUAUUUGAGCUCCGGGGCCAUCAAGGAAGUCAACUUGAACUCAGUGUCGUCGUGUACGGAUAGGAGUUUAUCGCCGGAUCUGCAGGACCCGAUACAGGACGACAUAAAGGAGACGGACAAUUCAACGUCCUCAGAUAAGGAAACGAACAAUAUUGAGAAUGAGGAGCAGAACUCGGGGACCAAGCGACGGGGGCCCCGGACCACCAUCAAGGCCAAGCAGCUGGAAACGUUAAAGGCCGCGUUCGUCGCCACGCCGAAACCGACCCGACACAUCCGGGAGCAGCUGGCCCAGGAGACGGGACUGAACAUGCGGGUCAUCCAGGUUUGGUUCCAGAACAGAAGAUCCAAAGAGCGACGGAUGAAGCAGCUGAGUGCUCUGGGGGCCCGGCGGCACGCCUUCUUCAGGGGCCCGAGGAGGAUGAGGCCCCUGGGAGGCAGGCUGGAGGAUCCGGACAUCUUAGGACCCGGAGCCUACGGUUACUACGGAGAAUACCAAGGUGACUAUUACGGACCAGGAACCAACUACGACUUCUUCCCCCACGGCCCUCCGUCCUCGCAGGCUCAGUCUCCGGCCGAGUCCCCCUACAUCCUGGGCUCUGGGCCCGGAGCCAUGGAGGGAUCCGGACACCACCCAUCAGACGACCAAAGGUUCACGGACAUGAUCUCCCACGCGGAAACCCCGAGUCCAGAGCCGGGCUUACCGAGCUCCCUGCAGCCGGUCCCAGGGGAGGCUUACGGGGGUGGACCCAGUCCUCCUUUCUCCUUGGCGAGUAACUCCAGCUACAGCGCUCCCAUGUCCCACCAAGGCCCGGAGAUGGGAGAGACCACAGCCUGGUAGAGGGACGAGUCCCUGGCUGAGUGUCAGCCUCGUUAAUUCAGGAGGACUUUUUAAAAAUCGGACUGACUUUCACAAAGAGUGGGACAGAAAGAGUCACAUUUGCUGCCCAGUAGACGCUCCAAAGCAUUUCCCUUCCUGGAUUACUGGACUUGAAUUAUUUUAAACAAACGUUGCGAUUUCCACCCAGCAAAAAUUGCUUCUGGCCUUCCCCUCGACGCUAACGAAGGCAUCUUCUGAUAGGAACACGUUAGAGAGAAAUGCCAAAGGGGGACAUCGUCAGUUCUCUUCAUUUCUCACCACAUCUUCUUUUUUUUUUUCCUAAUUUCUGUUUCUUUGUCAAACCGUCGCUUCUAAUUCAAAUAUUUGUUUUUCAUUUUCUGUCGCUCCUCCACCUCCCCCUCCAUCAAUAACACACUCAACGUUUUAUUAAAAAAGAUAAAUUUAAAAAAAAAAAACCCAAAAAAAACGAGCUGGUUUUAAUUCACGCUUUAAUGUUCGCACACACAAACACUUCUGUGGCAAUCAGGAUACGAAAGGUUUGAAAAAAAAAAAACUCUGCACACCUCCGUGAGACAUUAUGUCAAAUCCAAGGCUGCUGCUGCUCCACACACACACACACACACACACACACACACACACACACACACACACACACACACACCAGCACUGAUGUUCUCAAGCACACAUCUCAGCUAUAAGUCCGUUAAUGCACAAAAAGUGUUCUUGAUCAUAGCGCUAAAGAAGGACGUCUAUACCAUUAUUCACAACACGUACACAAUUAUACAGACACUUGUACUCACUCAAGCAUGCACACACACACACACACACACACACCCGUGCAGCCGGCCCUGAUAGUUGCGCUCUGCAGACUGCUUCACCUGACCUUCCCUUUGUUACUGUCCCUUUUAAAAAACAUGUUUUAAUGGAAAUGAUUUUGAAAAGAACAUUGAACCCAUAAUGGAGAAUCUCCUUCAACAGCUGAGGUCUCCUUCCUCUAAAGAGAGAAAACAAAAGAGGGGGCAGACAACAUCUGUGGCAUUACCUCUGUCUGCUCCCGAGCACUCGUUGCCAUCUAGUGGCCUUAAAACACACAGAAUUUAAAAAACCUGGGCUGAGAGCAGCAGCAGAGCGUCCGGCUGCACGCACACCGACAGCUUUGUGCCGCGGAGGACGCGUUUCCCUUUCUGCUCUAAAUAAUGCUAAUAGAUAAUUUAUUCGCAGUUUCAGGGCCAAGUGUCAUCAGAAGUCAGCAUCAAAAGAAACUAUUUUUUAAUUCUCCUUUCUUUAAGACACCGUCUGAAAGGAAGUCGACCUCAAAAUGAGCUGAUAUGAUUCAAUGUAAAAAAAUAAAAAACCUCGACCUGAUUUUUUU